UCCACUUAUAUUCCAAAUUUAAUGAUACAUCAUAAAAUACUCUUUGUUUUGGUCAAAAUGAAAUUUCAAAUUCAAAGUAGAAACCAGGACCCAGUGCAGACUUUCUCAAAUGAAGUUCCACAGAUUGAUUGUUUGACAACAGGAAGUUUUGAACAGAGACAGAACCAGAGAAUAACGAUAAAUACUCUUCUACAUACCCAUCCUCCUUCCGUAUGAACCACAUUACUAUACAAAAUACAAAAUCUGUCUCCCCGUUGAUUCCGGUGGGCUUAUGUUAGUGUGUCAGGCACGGCCAAUCCCAUUAAACCCUUCCUUCCAUCCUCCGUAAUUGCCGCUCCAUAAACGCUUACUCACUAACGUUACUUUCUAUCUUUACUGGCUUCUUUUCCUUUUCUUCUUUUUUCACAUUUAUAUAUAAAGCAAAAUCUUUUGUUCCCAUUAACGAUUUUCUCUAUUUUCAGCUUUGUUUUUUUUUUUUUUAACAACUACUCUCCACCUCUUAAGCUAUUUCUACUUCUUCAAAAAAACUCCCACUUUCCUUUUGACCCGGCCGGGUAUUUACUAUUUUUUCCGGCCGAAUGAACUAUCGAGAUCGGAUGGUUCAGUGAUUUUAUUUUUUUUUCGAUGGGUUGUGUGAGCUCGAAGCAGGCGGUGUUGGUGACGCCGGCGCUGGACCUCUCGGGCGGAUUGCGUGGCGACGAAUAUGGAGAUAAUUCGCGUCGGAUCCCGGUCGGCAGGGUUAGGGACGGUAGGGGUUGUGGUAGUACUAAUAAGAAGAGCAAAAGGGUGUCUGGCGGAGGGAGCGAGCUGGGUGAGUCGGUCCGGGCGAGUUCGAACAGCGAGUCACUGAGUUUUAGGCUUGGGAAUUUGCAUAAGUAUAUCGAAGGUGAACAGAUGGCGGCUGGAUGGCCCGCCUGGCUCAGCGCCGUAGCCGGCGAAGCCAUCCAGGGUUGGGUCCCACUUCGGGUGGAUGCCUUUGAGAAACUAGAAAAGAUUGGACAAGGUACAUAUAGUAGUGUGUUCCGAGCGAAAAACCUUGAAACUGGGAAGAUUGUUGCCUUGAAGAAGGUGAGGUUUGACAAUCUUGAGCCGGAGAGUGUUCGCUUUAUGGCUAGAGAGAUAACGAUCCUACGCAGACUUGACCAUCCAAACAUUAUCAAGUUGGAGGGAUUAAUCACUUCCAGAUUAUCAUGUAGUAUAUACCUUGUAUUUGAAUACAUGGAACAUGAUAUUGCCGGGCUUUUAUCCUGCCCUGACAUCAAGUUCAGUGAGUCACAGAUCAAAUGCUACAUGAAGCAGUUAUUAUCUGGACUGGAGCAUUGUCACUCAAGAGGUAUUAUGCAUCGUGACAUUAAGGGAUCAAAUCUCCUGGUAAAUAAUGAAGGAAUCUUGAAGGUGGCCGAUUUUGGAUUGGCGAACUUCUGUAACUCUAAUCACAAACAACCUUUAACCAGUCGUGUUGUGACUUUAUGGUACCGUCCUCCUGAACUUUUACUGGGAUCCAAUGAUUAUGGAGCGUCUGUGGAUCUUUGGAGUGUUGGCUGUGUAUUUGCUGAACUUCUGACCGGGAAACCUAUCCUUCAAGGGAGAACAGAGGUUGAACAACUACAUAAAAUUUUCAAGCUUUGUGGAUCUCCACCAGACGAUUACUGGAAAAAUUCUAGACUUCCUCAUGCAACUCUAUUCAAGCCGCAUCAACCUUAUGAAAGUUGUCUUCGGGAGACCUUUAAAGAUUUGCCGACACCCGCCAUGAACCUGAUUGAUACCUUACUUUCCGUAGAGCCAUACAAGCGUGCAACUGCCUCUGCUGCUCUUAAAUCUGAGUAUUUCACAACAAAGCCUUAUGCAUGUGAUCCAUCAAGUUUGCCUAUUUAUCCACCUAACAAAGAGAUUGAUGCAAAAAAUCGUGAAGAGGCACAGAGGAAAAAGAACAGUAGGAGAGAUCGCAGAACUGAAGCAAGAAAACCAACACGAAAAUCCCAUGGAAUGUGUAAAUUGGCACCAGUGGAGGAUGUGGCAUCCCAAACUCGUACUGCUCAAAAAAUUAAUGGCAAUGGUGUGCAUAUUCUGAAAGAUGUGAUGUUAGGUGGGGAAGUCCGUAACCGUAAGCCAUCUGUUGAUGAGCGAGAAGAGGCUUCCCAUGUAAAGAAUGCAUCUCAUGGAGACAUUCCCUUCUCUGGUCCUUUACAAGUUUCUACAUCUAGUGGGUUUGCCUGGGCAAAAAGACAAAAAGAUGAUGCAUCCAUGAGAUCUCAUUGUGGGUCUAUCUCAAGAACUCAUAAUAUGAAUGCAUUGGAGCCUCCUGCUGCAUUGCAUACAAGAAACAAGUGUGAUUCAAAAAAUAGCGAUACUGGAGAUAUUUUGUAUGCGGAUCGAAACAAUUCUAGAGGCCAUGAAUAUGAGAUUACCAAGCUUGAUAUGCUUAGACAAUGGAGCCAAUUUGAGCGUCCAGAUUCUGUUGAUGCUUCUGAUGGAUACCACUCACUGGAACUAUCAUUGGCACUAUACCGAAGAGAGGAAAUGGCAUCCAAGAAAAAUAAUUUGGGUUGUCAAGAUCAAGGGGACAAGGUUGAUUUUUCUGGACCCUUGCUAUCACAGUCGAACAGAAUUGAUGAACUCUUAGAAAGACAUGAGCGCCACAUCCGUCAGGCAGUUCGAAAGUCUUGGUUCCAAAGAGGUAAGAAAAAUGGAAAGUGAUUGCAGAUUUUCUCGGCUCUAGGUGCGGCAGGAAACGGAAUGCUAAGAAUCUUAAACUAGUAAGUCUGACCAAGUCUACUAGGCGGCCAUACCCUGCAGUUACACAAAUGACAUUUCAGUGAAAAUGCACAUCAAUUUUGCAGCCAUACACAUACACACCAUACCGGUAAAGGAGAAACUAUAAUUUCUUGAGGCUAAUAUCUUUGAUACCACACAGCCAUAGAGAAAAGGAAGGAUGCAAAGAUUGGCUGGGUACAUGGAUAUUAGUUAAAUUUUGGUCUAAUGGUUUUUCCUCUGAUAAAUGUCUUAUUUCCUUAUUCUUUUUCCUCUUAGUAAUGUUAUGUAUAUGCAUAAUUUUGAAUAUGUAAUUAGAUAUAUAGAUGAUAUGUUGUCAUGUGAUUUGAUAUUAUUUUGUUUUUUAAACUCAAAAUCAUUCAAUCACAUAAUAACACACAUUAUCUAUGUAUCCAAUUGAGUAUUCAAAACUGUGUUGCAUCCGUCUAUGAAUUGUAUAGAUUGGAGAUGGUUGAUUAUCGAACCUGAAAGUGAUCAUGCAUACAUAUACAUAUAUAUAUAUAUGUUUGAGAUUCAUAAGACAUCUGAUAUUGGCUUUCUCUGGCCUCCUAUCCUUGCAAUGCUUCAUCAGACGAGUUA